AUGGCGACUCCAGACCUCUCGACACUCACGUCCUCCGCCCAGAUCUUCUCCUCCAACUACACCCUCCCCCAAAUCCGCGCGAUACACAAAUCCCUCCAUGUCGAAAUAGACGAAAAAGCGAGCCGCCUGCGCACGCAGGUCGGUAGCUCCUACCGCGACCUCCUCGGGACAGCCGACACGAUUGUCCAGAUGCGGAAGGACAACGACGCCGUGCAGGGCGUGCUGGGCCGCAUGGGCGGGCGCUGCGGGCGCGGCGUCGUCGGAUCAAAGGUCGCUGGGCUGAGCAAUUUCGAAGGGAGCAUAAAGGAGCUGUACGGCGGGGACGUGGGCGUCGUUGCGAGGGCAAAACUCCUCGAGGCUUGCGGGCUCGUCGUGGGACGCGUGCUCAAGGGGUCUGGGGCCGGGAGCCUGGAGCUGAGCAGAGGGGACAGGGUCGUAUUGGCGAGCAAGGUUCUGGUGCUGAGCCGACUUUUGGUGAAAAGCUUGGGAGAGGAGAAGGCUUUGGAAGGCGACGUCAGUCACGUCGUUGAGGCUACGAAAAAGAGUCUGGUCGUGCUGAGGAAACGGCUCCUGCGGAAUAUUGAUGGCUUGAUGGAGAAGACUGGAGAGUCUGCGAAGCAGGAGGACGUCUUGAAAGCGUUGUGUGCGUACAGUCUGGCUACCAGCUCCGGAGCCCGUGAUGUGGUCGAUCACUUCCUCCGGGUCAGAGGAGCUGCCAUGGCCAUGUCCUUCGAGGUUGAGGACAAUGAGCGCCAGCGAGGCGCAGGCGACGUUCUCAAGAGUUUGAAUCUCUACACCAAAGCCCUGCUCGAUGUCCAGGCUCUAGUACCUUUCAAGCUGUCAAACGCCUUGUCCGAUCUCAAGAAAAGUCCUCUGCUGGCGGACCCAUCACUCAAAAGGCUUGAGGGUCUGCGCCUGGACGUCUAUGAGCGAUGGUGCGGAGAGGAGAUUCAGUUCUUCACGCCCUUCAUCCGCUACGACGACCUGGAUGGCCCACAGGCACGCGAUAUGCUCUUUAGCUGGGCGAAGAAAGGCAGUGAGGUGCUUGUCGAAGGGCUCAAGAAGACGAUGGAGCGGAUGAUGGAAUUCAAGGCCAUCACGGAGCUGCGUACUAGCGUGCUGCAGCUAUGGAUCCGCGAAGGUGGCAAAGCGAGAGGUUUUGAUCCUUCCGAGAUGCUAGACGAAUUACGCGGUGCCAUCAACGGGCACAUGCUGCACGUCCUCGAGGUCAAGGUCAACAAGCUGCAUAUCAUUGGGUCUGAGGUUGCGGCCACUUUGGACUCAUGGCAGGACGGUGUGACGGAUCAGACCGUGGACCUCUGGAAUGUGCGGAGCUUUGAUAUCGACUUGAUCAACGGAGCGGAUCACAUCUUGCAAGAAUUAGUCGCAAGAAUGUAUGGCCGCAAUGACUCGGUUUCCAAGGCCGUCAAUGGCUUCCAAUCUUGGCGGCGUAUCAUCGAUGAAGUCGGCGAAGUGGUGGAGCAGCUUCGAAGGCAGCGCUGGGACAACGACAUUGAUGAAAUUGAGGACGAGGAGACGAUCGAAGCGCGGCAGCAGCUUCUCAGCAAAGACGACCCGCGGACGCUGCAUGAAAAGCUCGAAUCCACACUCGCCAAAGCGUUCAAGGAACUCGACGAAAAGCUCACGAGCCUGUGGAAAACAAAGGAGGGUGCGUCGAACAGCGGCAGAGUGGCCAUGUACCUCCUCCGCAUCCUCCGCGACGUGCGCCAAGGCCUGCCCAAACUCGACGCGGUCAAGGGCUUCGGGUUGACUGUGGUGCCGUCUCUUCACGAGAAGCUGUCAGUCACCGUGGCCGCCAAGCCGAUAGAAACCUUCGUCAACCAAGGACUUUCACAAACGACCGUGGUAAGCCGGCCAUUAUGGGAGGGAAGCCCCGAGCUGCCGACGCAGCCGUCGCCUACGUUAUUCCGGUUCUUCAAGGAUGUUUCAAAGGAGAUGAGUGAUGCGGGUAUGGAUCUCUGGAGUGCGGUGGCCGUUCGUGUAAUGAAGCAGCAUCUCAGCAAGCAGCUUUGCGAGAAGUGGCUUGAGGCUAUCGCGACGAACGACUUGAAGGAUGCGAAUGUCGAAACCAACGGCGACAAGACUGAGCCUGCGCCCGAAGACCCGGCAAAGGAGCAAGAAAAUGAAGACACUCCCGAGGGGACUAAGAACGAGGAGAGUAAGGAAGAGGAAUCUUCGGAAGACAAAAAAGAUGAAGAAAAGAAAGAGGGAGCUUCCACGGAGGAUGCCGAACUUGCGCCGUCGCCAAAAGCAGACGAACUCGCCCAGCAGCGUCGGGAUCUCUUCACCCAGUGGCUUUAUGACGUCUCAUAUCUACGCUGUUUCCUCGACGCUUCCAAGAUGGGCAAGGAGAGUGAGCUUGAGGCUGUGGAGGAGAAGGUCUACCAGCAGACAGGCCUGGACAGCAGCGAAGCUCGACAGCGCAUCAACAAGUCUUCACAAGACUACUACAAGAAGACGAACCUGCUAUUCGGCUUGCUCGCAUGA